GUGACGUGCAGAGGCGAGCACAGACAGGCCACUGACCGACCAGCACACAGCCGCCACCAGUGCACAGUGUUGUUCCUCUUGCUGUAAAAUGCAACAGCAGUCUUUGCGGGAUAAAGACAGCAUUCAUACAUAAGCAGCGCCGUAGCGAAACAAGGACAAACGCCGGGGGACAGGAGCAGCCAGCGGCCGGGAGGUGUAGACGGCAAUACUCAAAAGAUCUAAUUUGUCUGUGAUGAGCAUCCCCAUCCACCAGAGACCAAAGGUACGGCCUGCCCCCGUUGUUCCCUCUGAGAGGAAGAGGAAGUGAUGUCACGCCACCACCACCGCUUUGAGAGGGACUACCGGGGACCCUGGGAGCGGAGAGACAUCCGUCCUUCUGGCCUCCACAAUGGAGGAGCCAAUCAUAGCUGUGCCUCUACAGUUGUCAAUGGCAACAACCGUCCGGGGCUCCUUCCCCUCCCCGUCAUCCCCUCCCUCCUCCCCACCCCGGUUACAGUUGCCGUGACAACAUCGAGCAGCGACAUAGCGGUCAAGCGAGGCAUCUCAACAGCAGGAUCGGUCACUCCGGCGUCAGCCAAGGUCUCUGGUCUGUCUCCUGGAGACAGCCAGACUCCCGGCCUGCUUCUGGCUCCAGGGGUGAGAUGGGGACAGACGCCCAUCAACCAGCUCACACCAUGGGAUACAGAUGAGCCCCCCACCAAGCAACAUCGAGACAGCGAGCCCACAGGUCCAACCUGGGCAGCACCGUUAGCAGCAGUGAGCCAGCCCAGUCUCCUGCCCCACACCUACGGCCUCCCCCAGCCACCCUCCUUCAACCACAGCGUGACUGUGCAGUCACCUAUCAUAGGAGUAACCCCAUCCAUCCAGGCACCAGUGCCCCCGCAACACCCCCUCAUGACUGCCCACUUCCAAAUGACGUCACAGUCGACUCAGCAGCCACCCUCGAUGGUGCUGAGCAUGCCCAGCCAGCCUCCGUACCCCUCAGCUCAGCCCACAGUUGCACCAUCCGCCCUUUCUGCCCAAGCCAACCAUGUGGUUCAUCCUAACCCUCACAGUGUGAUGGGCAACGGCCACUUAACCUCUCACCCUGGCCUCAUACAGCCCCCCACCCUGCCUCUGACCAAUGGACAGGCAGCAGCACAGGCCCAGUCCACAGCUGCAGACAAUCAGGAUGGUCUUAACGGGCUGCAAAUGCUGCGGACAGUCGGGAUGGGGAAAUACGAGUUCAGUGACCCAGGACAUCCUAAAGAGAUGUUGAAGGAGUUGAACCAACAGCGCAGAGCGAAAGAGUUUACAGACCUGAAAAUUAAUGUUGAAGGCAAAGAGUUUGAAGUCCACCAAAAUGUUCUAGCUUCCUGCAGCUUGUAUUUCAAGGACCUGGUGAAAAGGUCAUCCGGGGAGACGCGGAACGGGGAGAUGUUGGAGCUGAACAUGAGCAACAUCAGCGCAGACGUGCUAGAGCUGCUGCUUGAGUUUGUCUACACGGGCUCCCUAGUCAUCGACUCGGCCAACGCCAAGACGCUGCUGGAAGCCGCCAACAAGUUCCAGUUCAACACCUUCUGUAAAGUCUGUGUCUCCUUCCUAGAGAAACAGUUGACUGCGGCUAACUGUCUAGGGGUCCUGGCUAUGGCUGAAGCCAUGAGUUGCACGGAGCUCCACAACAUGGCCAAAGCUUUUGCACUGCAGAACUUCCCUGAGGUGGCGGGGCAGGAAGAGAUAUUGAGUGUGUCCAAGGAGGACCUUGUGGCCUAUCUGUCCAACGACAGUCUCAACACUAAGGCCGAGGAGCUGGUCUAUGAGACUGUCCUCAAAUGGAUAAAACAGGACCCCAACUCCAGAGUGCAGCAUUUGUCGGAGCUGUUGGCAGUGGUACGUCUUCCCUUCAUCCACCCGUCCUACCUGCUGAACGUAGUGGACAACGAGGAACUGAUCAAAUCGUCGGAGGCGUGUCGUGAUCUGGUCAACGAAGCCAAGCGCUACCACAUGCUGCCCCACGCACGGCAAGAUAUGCAGACACCCAGAACCCGGCCAAGACUCUCUGCUGGUGUAGCAGAGGUGAUAGUUCUGGUGGGAGGGCGUCAGGCUAUCGGAAUGAACCAGCGUUCCCUGACAGCAGUCACCUGCUUUAACCCACAGAACAGUAAGUGGUACCCGCUGGCCAGCCUGCCCUUCUACGACCGCGAGUUCUUCAAUGUCAUCUCGGCAGGAGACAACAUCUACCUGUCAGGUGGUACAGAGUCUGGUGUGAUGGUGGCUGAUGUGUGGUGCUACAUGUCCCUGCUGGACAACUGGAAUCUGGUGUCCCGGAUGACCGUAGCCCGCUGCCGACACAACAGCCUGGUAUAUGAUGGCAAACUGUACGCCAUCGGAGGACUGGGUGUAUCCGGGAACCUGGACCAUGUGGAGAGGUAUGACACCAUCACAAACCAGUGGGAGACGGUGACUCCGCUGCCUAAGCCAGUCCACUCAGCAGCAGCCACAGUGUGCGGAGGGAAGGUAUACGUGUUUGGAGGUGUGAACGAGGCCGGGCGCUCUGCGGGUGUCUUGCAGUCCUACGUACCACAGAGCAACACUUGGAGUUUCAUUGAAUCGCCCAUGAUAGAUAACAAAUACGCCCCUGCAGUGACUCUAAAUGGCUUUAUAUUCAUCCUGGGAGGGGCCUACGCUCGAGCCACCACUAUCUAUGACCCAGACAAAGGCAACAUCAAGGCUGGUCCCAACAUGAAUCACUCUCGGCAGUUCUGCAGCGCUGCGAUCCUGGAUGGAAAAAUCUAUGCCACAGGAGGGAUUGUGAGCAGUGAGGGUCCGACCCUCGGCAACAUGGAGACUUUUGACCCUUGCACCAACACUUGGACGCUCCUGCAGUCAAUGCCCUGCCCGCUCUUCAGACACGGCUGCGUGGUCAUCAAGAAGUACAUUCAGAGCGGCUGAGGGGCGGCUCAGCCACUCUUGAACACCAGCUGAGCUCCGGUUGUGUGGGACGAUGCGUUACAGCAGCUUAGGGUCAGCCGGUCGCUCCGUCAGUGACCUCUGGACUUGACGCCAGCAUCCAUCCACCGUUACCCGUCCCACCCUUCAAAAAGCCCUGUGCAGAAUGUACUCAUGUUAAACUACUCAGCCAUGUCAGGUGACGAUGCCUAACCUCCAGUACUGUAUGUUUCAUGGUAGUAGUUCAUCCUCUCAUCCAACAGGCACAGGGAACCUCUUAGUAAAUUACGAGCUUCUUUGUUUUCAGUGUCAUCAUUUCAGUUCUGUCUUUUUCCUGAUCUGUCAGCUCACCGCCUCCUUGUUUUCUUUAAUAUACUCUGACUCGGUGCAGCAUAAGCCAAUGCAGGUCCAGACUUUUGUCCCUUUUUGAGUAAAAUAGGUGUAGGUUUCAUAGUCAUUCAUUAGCGAGCUGAGUUUUGUUGUGGUGUAUGAAUGUUUUUCACUAGUGACAUCUACAGGAGGGGAGGAAAACUGAAGGAAAGUUAUCAACUGACUGUGUUCCUCUUAUCCAGUUGAUGUGAUGAGUUUCUUCUCUCUCUCUCUCUCUCUCCGCUGUAUCAGGAAGCAAAAUUCCAAAGUAAGGAUUUAUGAGGUAAUUUUAAAAACAGAUUUUGAACUCUGUGUAACUGGGCUUUUCUAAUGACAUAGGAAAAACCAUCAAAUCUGGGUCAGGUAGGGUUUAAAAUGAGGAAAAUCUGUAUUUUAUCUUUGUUAUUGUGCAAUUCCAGUUUGAUUGAGAUAUCAUCUGGACAGUGAGUGGUCUGUUUUUUUUGUUUUUUUCCCCCCCUCCUUGACUCACUCUUUUGCUCUCCGGGACAAAGAGAGAGAGUGGGAAUUCCUCCUUCCGCUGAUGUCGGAUCAGAUGUUCAAGUUGGGACAGUUCCUCCGGGGGAAAAAAAGCACAAUAAUCACCUGUGACUGUUAUCAUAGAAGUUAUUUGUUGUUUCGGGUUUUUCUCUGUCUUCUUCAUAAGUUUCCCUCCCACCUUCUUUUGUUUUAUACAAUAUGUUUCAUUGCAACCCAAAAGAGAUGUUGGGUUGAUAUUCUGUAAAUACAGGAAGGAAAUAUGUAUAUUUUAAAACCGGAAGGCAAUUCUGUAUAAAUGUUUUUAGGAAAAAGCAAAAUGAUAGGUUGGAUUCAAAAUGGUAUG